AUGUUCUCACAGAAAACAAAUUACAGCCAUUUGUUUACUUUUUCAAUUAUUUUUUAUGUGGAAAUAGUAACAGGAAUCUUAGGAAAUGGAUUCAUAGCACUAGUGAAUAUCAUGGACUGGCUCAAGAGGAGGAGGAUCUCUACUGCAGAUCAGAUUCUCACUGCUUUGGCCCUUACCAGACUCAUUUAUGUGUGGUCUGUACUCAUUUGUAUAUUGUUACUAUUUCUGUGCCCACAUUUGUCUAUGAGACCAGAAAUGUUUACAGCGAUAGGUGUUAUCUGGGUAGUGGAUAACCACUUCAGCAUCUGGCUUGCUACAUGUCUUGGUGUCUUUUAUUUCCUCAAAAUAGCCAGUUUUUCUAACUCUUUGUUUCUUUACCUAAAGUGGAGAGUUAAAAAAGUGGUUUUAAUGAUAAUACUGAUAUCACUGAUUUUCUUGAUGUUAAACAUUUCAUCAUUAGGGAUGUAUGAUCAUUUCUCAAUUGAUGUUUAUGAAGGUAAUAUGUCUUAUAAUUUGGUGGAUUCAACACAUUUUCCCAGAAUUUUCUUAUUCACAAACUCAUCUAAGGUCUUCUUAAUCGCCAAUUCAUCCCAUGUUUUCUUACCCAUCAACUCACUCUUCAUGCUCAUACCCUUCACAGUUUCCCUGGUAGCUUUUUUCGUGCUCUUUCUCUCACUGUGGAAGCAUCACAAGAAGAUGCAGGUCAAUGCCAAAGGACCCAGAGAUGCCAGCACCAUGGCCCACACAAAAGCCUUACAAAUUGGGUUCUCCUUCCUCCUGCUGUAUGCAAUAUACUUACUUUUCAUUAUCACAGGAAUUUUGAACCUUGACUUGAUGAGAUAUAUAGUAAUACUUUUAUUUGACCACAUAUCUGGAGCAGUUUUUUCUAUAAGCCACUCAUUUGUGCUGAUUCUGGGAAACAGUAAGCUGAGACAAGCCACUCUUUCUGUGCUGCCUUGUCUUAGGUGCCGGUCCAAAGAUAUGGACACUGUAGUUUUCUAA